AUGUGUAAUGCCUCGUUGGAAUCGGCUCUGCACGCGAUUAAGAAUUGCCCUAAGUUGAAACCUAUCUUCAGUCUGUCGGGUCUACCUCAAGUUAUUGUCGAUUGGGAAGGGAUCUCCUGUUUGGAUUGGUUAAAAUCCACGCUCCCCAAGCUAAACCGAGAAGGAUUUGAUCUAUUCCUCAUGUUGCUUUGGAAUGUUUGGAAUCGUAGGAAUAAAUGGAUCAAUAACACAGAGCUUCAACCAGACAUAAAUGUCAUUUUAAAGGCUUGGAACCUUCUGAGUGAGUUUAAACAAGUUUCUAAUCUGUUCGCUUGCCUUAGCAGAGAGACCCCUCCCCGUCGAAUUCGCAAGUGGUGUAAGCUGGCGCAGGGGUUGAUUAAGAUCAAUGUGGACGGGGCAUUUUAUCACAAAUCCCAUAAGGUCGAUAUAGGCGUUGUGGUUCGAGAUUCGAACGGUAUGGCCCUUGGAGGAAUGACUACUCAGAUUGAUCCUCCUGAUACGGUUGAAUCCACAGAAGCUUAUGCGUUUACACAGGCAAUUAGACUUCUGCCGAGAAUGGAUGGAACAAAGUGUUAA